AUGGGGAAGACCAGACGCCAGGGCACCUCGGGACCCUCGGGCAACAGCCCAUCGAGAAAACACGCAGGUCUGAUGGACGACUUUCUCUCCAACCCGGACAGCUUCCAAGCCACGAGGCCCGCAGACAAGAUGGCGGCCGCCUUCCCGGACGCUGAGAGCGGCACAGACAUAAAGCUUAGCUCAGCAAAAGGGGAGGCCCUGGCGCAAAUUACAGCAGAACUGGUGGCCAUCUCGGCCAACAUGUUCACUAAUCGGGAUAAAGCCGCCAUGGUUGCAGAGCUGAGGGUGGCGAUACGGGAGGAGAUUUUAGAGGUACGCAGGGACCUCACAGCCCUUGAACAACGGGUCACAGAGUUGGAGAGUGAAAACCUACAGGCCAUCCAACAUUCCCAGGCUGCCCACCAUGCCACAGCCAGGCAAGGCUCUGUGCUACUAGACCUCCGCAGGCAGGUGGAGGAUCUGGACAACCGGGGGAGACGUAAUAACAUACGCGUUAGAGGCCUGCCAGAAGCCGACAAUGAAGACCUUUUUGAAGCCCUCACACAGCUCUUCACACACAUCUUGGGUGAGGAGGCCCCAGAUGACUUCCAUAUAGAGCGGGCCCACAGGGCCCUAGGUCCCCCGAGGAGGGACGGCCUCCCACGUGACGUGAUAUGUUGCCUACUUUCUUUCCAGCUUAAAGAAGCCAUCAUGCGAGUGCCACGGCCGCAAACCUUCCACGACCCCUCGGUAUCGCUGUAUCAUGACUUGUCCUCCCUCACUCUAGAUGCCCGGAGGGCCUUGCGGCCGCUAACGCACAUUCUUCAGGAAAAACACAUACCCUAUAAGUGGGGUUUCGCCUUUUGCCUCCAAGCCAAAAAAGAAAAUACGUGGCGCUCCAUGCCAUGA